AUGAAUCCUUUCACGAGAUCUCGUAACAUAAUUUAUUCUUUUCCUUCACCUCUCUCUUGCCGGUUGCUCGCUCUUAUCGCGAUUUUCAAAUUUGAUCUCACAUUCAUGUCAACCACAUCAAUGCCUCUGCUACAACAGGCUGCCUAUUCUAUACGCACCAGUAUUAGCAAGCAGCUUCACCUAGAUGACAAGAUUACCAAGAACGAGUUUACGUCCAAAAUCGAACUUCUACAAGACAUAACGUUCAAUCUUAGCUCUCUUCUUCAGCACAAUCCACAUGAAACUUCCGUUUGGAUCGACCUUUUAACCGUUUUUCUGGACCAUUUAGUGGUAUACAAGCAACAUUAUCGAUCCUUGGUCCUCUCCAAAAAGCAAGAAUGGACUAUAUAUCCUAUAGAGAAUCGGAUCUCGAAAGUAUUUGGAGUAUUUGGCCGCUUAGUGCUGACGCUUUUAGGUCUACAAAUCACUAGGAUCUCAAUUGAUGUUGAGGAGUUACUUUGCAACACAUAUUCGCUUGCUGAAGUCGAAUAUAUUGGUGAAGUUCAGUAUUUCAAUAAUACUGAAACUUUGGUAUCUCAAAGCACCCUGGUCGUAUUAGCGAUGAAGAGCCAAGAACUGCCUUCCACUUAUAUUCGAAUUCUUACCGGCUACCUCAGAUGUGCUUACAUUGCAGGGCUUUCUCAUUAUACAACCGAUAUCUUGAAAGCAACAUCUCCUCUUGAAGUUAUACCAUUGAUCGAAGAGUCCUCGAUCGAAUAUUCCGUGAUAAAUGACUUUUUCAAGUAUUCAGCAUUCAAUCUAGUCACCAACUCGGUGCGAGGAAACAGUAUUGAAGACAAGUAUAACCUCCAUGCCGAUCUCUUCUUCAGAGUGUUGUUGAAUCUCCCCAAUCUUAAACUCCUGGUGUUCCACAAAUACAACUUUAACGAAGAAUCUGCCGAGUCUGCUGUGUGGCCCGAGCCUGCAACACCACGAGAUCCUGCUUUCGUAGCGGAUGAUCCGUUGGUUCGUCGUCAAGAAAUCUCCUUCAUGUAUAUUCUAAACUACUUGCUAUCGCUCACCGAUAUGCUGCAGUUGGUCGAUCCAGAUGGCUAUUACGAACGUGAGCUUCAGUUCUUGUCUCUGUCGCUUACAUGGAGAAACACAAAAGAUAUACGAAAUGCUUCGAGAUCAGGAAGUACCCAUUCGGAAGCACUGCUCUAUAUGGAACCUCGAGACGAUGAGGCAGAAGCACCAGCGAAUAUGACGGCUGCAAGCCAUCCUAGUUUGAGCUCAAUGAUCCUUCAUGGAACAUAUUCACAGAUCAACAUAAUGGUGUGCCAGAUAUUCAACAACCUCAAAAAACCAACGCUCAACAUUCCUUUUGUCCUCAAGGCGUAUAAUUUGUCCAAGGACAGCGAAUUGCACUACAAUGUAUCGCUCAUAGACCCAGAGAAAUUUCCCGGAAAAAUAGCCUAUGCCUCGGUGCUAGAUAAGAUAGUACGUUUGUUACAUGUUCUUUCGGCUCAAUUUCUUGUCGACAGAACUGGUUUGGAUGCUAUACCAACGGGCCUUGUGGAUUCAAUGUCUUUACAGCAAAUUGACACGACUAUAAAACCGUUAAUGGCUCGCUAUGAGAGCCAAAGUGCAAAAACAAGUGACUUGAAAUCACGCAAAGGAAAAACUCUAGCAUUGGCACAAUCCAUACAGAUGCUAGACGAAAUCUCAGCCAGACUCGAUGUGUGA